AGCUGGAGCGCGGGCGGCUGUCAGAGGCGCGCACGGGCGGGUUGCUGUCGUCGUCGCCGCUCCGGCGCGGCCGUCUCUCCCCUCCCUCAGCAACCAUGGCGGAGCUCGGCUGCAGGUCGUGACUGGUGGCGCGCACUUAGCACUUGUUUUAAACAAGGCGAAAGGAAAAAAAGAAUAAGCAACCUUUUAAUUUAUUCUCUACAUUAAUUAUUUAGUUACCUCCCCUCUCCUUCGCUUGCUCGCUCGGCUGGGCCUGACCUCCGCCGCCCCGGGUCUCUGCACCAUGUCAGGAGUCAGGCCGCACUACUACCGGCAGGAGUUGAACAAGACCAUCUGGGAAGUGCCCGAGCGAUACCAGAGCCUCUCGCCCGUCGGUUCCGGCGCCUAUGGCUCCGUCUGUUCUGCUUUUGACAAUAAAGCUGGUGUUCGAGUGGCAGUAAAAAAACUUUCCAGACCAUUUCAAUCUAUCAUUCAUGCAAAACGAACAUACAGAGAGCUGCGAUUGUUGAAACAUAUGAAACAUGAAAAUGUGAUCGGCCUGUUGGAUGUGUUCACACCAGCUAUGACUUUGGAAGAGUUUACAGAUGUGUAUUUGGUAACACAUCUAAUGGGAGCAGAUCUAAACAAUAUUGUUAAAUGUCAGAAACUCACAGAUGACCAUGUACAGUUUCUAAUAUAUCAGAUACUACGGGGCCUUAAGUAUAUUCAUUCUGCAGGAAUCAUACACAGAGAUUUAAAACCCAGCAAUCUUGCAGUGAAUGAAGAUUGUGAGCUGAAGAUUUUGGACUUUGGAUUGGCUCGUCAUACAGAUGAUGAAAUGACUGGAUAUGUAGCCACAAGGUGGUAUAGAGCACCAGAGAUCAUGCUAAAUUGGAUGCAUUACAAUCAAACUGUUGAUAUUUGGUCCGUUGGGUGCAUUAUGGCGGAGCUACUGACAGGGAAGACUCUAUUUCCAGGCACUGACCAUAUUAAUCAGCUUCAGCAGAUCAUGAGAUUGACAGGAACGCCUCCAGCAUCCUUAAUUAACAGGAUGCCCGGCUAUGAGGCAAGAAACUACAUCCAAUCUUUGCCGCAAAUGCCAAAACAAUGCUUUGAAGAUGUAUUCAUUGGAGCUAAUCCUCAAGCUGUGGACCUCUUGGAGAAAAUGCUUGUGCUGGACACAGAUAAGAGAAUCACAGCAGCAGAAGCCUUGGCUCAUUCUUAUUUCUCUCAGUAUCAUGACCCGGACGAUGAGCCAGAAGCAGAUCCUUACGAUCAGUCUUUUGAAAGCCGAGAACUUGAAAUAGAAGAAUGGAAAAGACUAACCUUCGUGGACCUGAUGAGCUUUGUGCCGCCGGAGCUAGUCUCUGAGAGUAUGGAGUUGGAAUCAUGAAAACCUUUUACUACCAUAGAUUUUUUUUUAUCGCAUCACUGUGAGGACUUGACCAGUUCCAACAUUAUCAAGUGCCUAUCAGGGUCUUGAUGACAGAUUGUUUAUGGGUGAGGGCAAAAAUGAAACUUUCAUAAUAAUUAUUCUACAUCCUGCAUGUUUUGCUAAAUCCUGGGCGACUGCCAACUGUUUGUAUAUUGCCAUUUUCAUCCACUGUGAACUCUGUUUGCUAACAAGAACUUUUGCAAGCACUGGUAAAAAUUUGUGUAUUUGUAUGCCUUAUUUUCAGAAUUGCAUACUAUUUUAAAUGUUUAAUUAUAUGUACAAAAGUCACACACACAUCUAAAAACAUGCAAGCAGUAAUUGUUACAUUUAUAUAAAGUACAAAUGGGAUGUACAUUAAUUCAUAGAUGUAUUUGCUGUUAACAGCAUAAGAGGCAAUUGUUUUAUGGUAAUUUCAUUUUUGAAACCUACUUGACUGUUCAGCAAUACUACUACAUACUAAAAGAGUGCAUGUUUAAUUGUUUAUAAGGGAUUUGGAAUGGGAAUGUCAUGGCACAAAUUCAAAGGUGUAGGUAAAUAUACAUAUUUGUAUUAAUAUACUUCACCACUCUUGUACUAGGUUCAGUAGAAUUAUAUGAAAAAUAUUUUCAUAAUUACUCCAGUUCUAUGUACCUCUCAAGUUCUUGUUGUAAUUGGGACGUGACUUACCAUGUGUGAUAUUGUAGUGAGACCAUACAAUAAACUAUUCUGAAAUAAA